AUGACGGCCGAGAAAGAGGUUCCCCAGCUAUUGGGUACGACUUGCGAUCACGAAACAUUGCAGCACCCCAAGGAUCUCGGACGUUUUCGCCAGCCAUACGAAGAAAAGAUGCUCCCACGGCUGAAGCAGCGGCGUCCCACCGACCUACGGGCGGUUAUAAACGCCGACACAUUUCCCAACUUUGAGCAGCCAAAAUAUCAGCCCACGACCGCUGCCACACAAUUGCCUCAGCACUACCACAGCUCCCCCUCACAUGUUGCCACUCAAGUCCGAUCGGACAAUAACCCUUCGGUUUCUUCUAGGACUCGUGAGCAACCGACCCAAUUCCUGGUGCCGGUAGCCUCCCAUGCAAACAGCUCAAAGCAGGCCUCCAAUACACUCGGUGCUGAUCAUUAUUUUCAUGAAAAGCACGCCACAAUCAUCCUACCAUGUGUUUCGCCAGCCGCAGAUGACCUCAUCCUCAACACAUUCCAAUCAGCAGCAGUAUCCCACAGGUAUUUCUCUUGCUCCAUCGCAACCGGGUGGAUUGAGACGUUCAAAAGAUGUUCCUCCGACGACUAUGCCACAGGCAGCAACAGAGUUUGCGGAAAGAUUAUCGCGUUUCGCGAGCGGAAGAAGACUCGGGUAGAUGAGCUAGAAAAGAGGGUGGAGAUAUUGACAGAAGAGCGUGAUCAUUAUCGGGGUUUAUAUUAUCAGUUGAAGGAGAGCAGAGACAUCAAACACUCAAUCAGCCUCCCUUCACUCACGCUGGCGAUGUCUUGA